AAGUGAGUCUAUGAUUGGUAUGAGAGCGGAUGAGGGACCCUGAGUGAUCGCAUAAUUUGCAACUAGUAUUGAACAUGAAAAGGACGCUUCUGUGAAUUGAGGUUUCGAAAACAAAACAAAUGAGCAGGAUUUAACAUUUGGUGUUAGUGUUGUCUGAGCAAAAUAAACCUGAUAAAAUGGAAAUGAAAGUGGCCAGGGAGUAGAACGCACUGUUAUAAUAUAUGAAGAAGCCGUAUUACAAUGCGUGACAUUUCUACCUUUUUGGAGCUACCCUUGGUAACAGCGCGGCCACGCUCACCUCUGCCCGCAGUUGCACGGCCGACGCUGUUCGGAAAUAUCUUUUUGUAAAUUUUACAAAACAAAUUGUCCAGAUUUGUGAAAGACAAGGCAUGUUUCCAAAGUUUUUCAGCUGGCAUUUCCAUCAGGAUAGCGACUCAUGGGAUGUAGUAUUUGGAGAAAUAGGACCAAUCUUGGACUGUUAAAGGCACAAUCCAAAGUGUCCGUAUUUUUUACCAUGACCAUUAUUUUCACUUAUUUAUUUUAUUGUCUGGCGGGUUACUGCGAGACUCUACCACGGCCAGUGUAUGAUCACCAUCCCGCCACCAGCACAAGUAAAUAUCACAAUGGACAGAAUGCCUUUCAAGUGCAAAACAGCAUUUUGGAUGGAGCAGAUUUCGCUAAAGACAUGCCACAUUCACUAACUAAGACUUACAGAACUUUGCAAAGUUCUGGGGCUAGAGCGCUGCCUGGUUCUGACAAACUGCAUUCUAUCCUGCGACAGAUCGGAGACGUCCAAAGACAGAUUUCUGACGGGGACAAGGAGCAGUUCCAAGAUGCCAGCAGCAGCAUAUCUGUUUUCAAUAGCUUUGGGAGUAAAAAGUUACCGCAGGCGGUCAUCAUCGGGGUAAAGAAAGGGGGUACCCGUGCGCUGCUGGAGUUUCUCCGGAUUCAUCCCGACGUCAGAGCUGUGGGUGCCGAGCCCCAUUUCUUCGACAGGUUAUAUGACAAGGGGCUGGAGUGGUACAGAAACCUGAUGCCGAGGACGCUGGAUGGCCAGAUCACCAUGGAGAAGACUCCCAGCUACUUUGUGACCAAGGAGGCGCCCAAGCGCAUCUUCAACAUGUCUCGAGAAACCAAGCUGAUCGUGGUGGUGCGCAACCCAGUGACAAGGGCCAUCUCGGACUACACCCAGACCCUGUCCAAGAGCCCAGGCCUGCCCAGUUUCCGGGCGCUGGCCUUCAAGAACGCCAGCACAGGGCUGAUCGACACUUCCUGGAGCGCUGUGCGCAUCGGCAUCUACGCCAAGCACCUGGAGAACUGGCUGCAGUACUUCCCCCUGUCCCGCUUCCUUUUCGUCAGCGGGGAGAGGCUGGUCUCGCACCCUGCCGACGAGAUGGGCCGCGUCCAGGACUUCCUUGGCCUCAAGCGGGUCAUCUCUGACAAACAUUUCUACUUCAACGAGACCAAAGGCUUCCCCUGCCUCAAGAAGCCAGAGGGCAGCAGUCGACCACGUUGCCUCGGCAAGUCGAAAGGGAGGCCACACCCACAGAUCGACCCAGAGGUGGUGCAGAGACUGCAGGAGUUCUACAGGCCCUUCAAUCUCAAGUUUUACCAAAUGACCGGACAUGACUUUGGGUGGGAUUGACUUCCUUUUCCAAUGGCACUUUGAUGGACCUUCUUUACUAUUUUAAGAAUAAAUAAAGAAUCAAUCAUUCAUCCAAUCAAUGGCAAGCACCUACUGUAGGACAAGGAAGCUUUCCAUGUUUGGUUUAAACUAUCUCUAUGUAUGCAAUGUAAACUUUUAUGUUUCCAGUGGCAUCAACAGAAGCUACGGUCUAGUUGUUGACUACCAAGAUUUCCAAGAUUUUAUCUAGUACUCAUACGUGGGAAGGUAAUAAAGCAAUUCAUGGCAGGUAGAACAGAGGUGGCAGGUAGAACAGAUCACCUUAUUUAUGAGCAGGAUGUUAAAUGUGUUUUGGUACAUUAUAAGGGGUGUGAAGGGAAUAAGUAGAGGGACUGAUUUACACACAGUGCAAUAAGAAUACAGUCAGACUGUAUCCCUACAGUAUCCCUACAUCUCAAAUAGUCAUAAUCAAUCAGUCAUGCACAUAACAUUUCAAAGCUACAUUCAUAAUUUAAUGUUAUUUGUUUUAUUGAUCUAUGGUUCCUGAUGAUCAGUUGCUGUUUGACACAUUAUUAUAAUUAUUAUAAUUAUUGUUAUUAUUAUGAUUGUUAUUUUUGUUAUUCUUUUAUACUAUUUUAUAAAAAGAAAGGGAUAUCAUAUUUCCAACUCUUCACAAAUACAUGUGAAUACAGGUUUUGGGGAACUACAGAAUCAUUGGGUAGAAAUUAUGACAUUAUAUUGGUUUUUUUGUUUGUUUGUUUUUAUUACAGUGCUCCUUCAGUAUCUCAGAUGUGAGCGGCAGGCACUUCAAAUCAAUUUUAGGGAUCCACUCAAUUAAAGAGAAGAGGUUUUGUAGAUAGCCUUUUGAACUUUGUACUGUGUAUUAUACAACUACCAAGGUGAAUUUUUAGAUAUUUUUUGUAUUUAUUUAUUCAUUUUAUUUGAAUUGUAAUAUUUUUGUUCAGUUCAUCCCUUAAUACAACCCUGGAUUCAUUAAACUGCACCACUCCACAGUGCUCUACUCUUAUCAUCCUCGGACCAUGCAUCCAUUUAUACAGAUGUCAGGGUUUUCAUCUCUAAUUCAUACAGUACAUAGUAGUGUUAGUGCAGUUUGUAUAGGUUUGUAGGGUCCUGUUGCCAAAGUUUAACGUUCAUGGAAAUGUUCUACCAGGCAUGGGCAACUCUGGUCCAGGAGAGCCGUUCUAUACCAAGUUUACCAGCUCUAAUGUAGUUAACUUGUAUAGGAUCUGCAUGGAGGUUUAAUUAAGAACAUGGUCAGGAAUGGGCAGGGUUGCCCAUUCCUGUUUAGACUGUUGCUGGUUUCUUUAGCAAUGGCUGUCUCAUAUAUAGCAAACAUUAUAUUAUUCAUAAAAACAAACACAUUCUUUAAAUAAUGGGCUUUGUGAAUAUGGCAUAUACAUUUGAUUUAAUUAUGUAGAGUAGGAUUCAUUAUUUAUGUAUUUUACAAUUUAGUUUCACAUGUAAGUAGUCCUCGCAAAUGUAUCCACCCAGUAUGCAGUAUCUAAGUGGUAUAAAAUUAAUUUUACAUUUAGAAUAUUUUAGUUUUAGAAACUCUUGACUCACAUAGGAGAUCAUGUUGAGCUGCCAAGACAUGUGAAAACAAGCAAACAAACAAGGAAACACUGCAUCGCCAUGAACAUUAUAAAGUAUUGCAAUGGCAGAUCCAUAGUCUUUGAUUUAAUUCAGGCCAAUGUUUGCAGUCCCCAUGAACCUGUCAAUAACUAUAAAUGUAAAUGGCUGGAUUAUAAUUUAUAUUGCACAUUUUAUGUAACUGAGGACUGAAGGUACCUAAAUUCUACAUGGUCAUUGUUCAUGUAAAAUGACAUUUAUAUAUUGGUUUCAACAGCAUUUCUUUAAUCUCAUUUACUGCCAUUUCAGACUAACACUGUUCUUUACUGUAUAAAAUAAUUUAUAUAUUAAAAUUAAUACUGUUGCCUGCAUUGAGCAGUAAGUAACUGUGUUGUAUAUAUUUUUUUGUAAAAUAUUAGUAAAAUUAUUAU